CUCCGCCCCCAUGCGUGGCGACUCCCUCCUCGUACGUGCCCCCUCCCCUUGACAUAGCCCCGCCUCUCAAGUGGUCCAGUCGGUGAUUGAUUGGCGCAGAUGCGUGCGCUGUGUUAGUGCGCGAGGACAGGACGCCGUCGUUGCAGGCAUGCCGCUGUCACGCAGUAUCUCAGUGACCUCCCUAUCGGGUCUGGAGGAGUGGGACGAGGAAUUCGAUUUGGAGGAUGCAGUUCUGUUUGAAAUCGCAUGGGAGGUGGCUAAUAAAGUUGGAGGCAUCUACACAGUGAUCCAGACGAAGGCGCGCUUGACCUGUGAGGAAUGGGGGGAAAACUACUUCUUAGUUGGGCCAUAUAUGGAGUCCAAUGUCAGGACCCAGGUUGAAUUGAUUGAGCCCCCAAACCCAACACUGAGGAGAACCAUCGACAAGAUGAACAGUAGUGGCUGCAAGGUAUAUUUUGGCCGUUGGCUGAUUGAAGGCUCUCCGUAUGUGAUCCUUCUGGAUGUUGGUUUCACCGCCUGGUCUCUGGACCGCUGGAAGAGUGAAUUAUGGGAAAACUGUGCCAUCGGCGUGCCCUGGUUCGACCGCGAGGCCAACGAUGCUGUCCUGUUCGGUUUCCUCACCGCCUGGCUGCUCGGAGAGUACGCUGCGCAAUGUGAAGAUCCUCCACACAUCCUGGCGCACUUUCACGAGUGGCUGGCUGGACUGGGGCUGGUAUUAUGCCGACAGAGGCACUUGCCUGUAGCGACCAUUUUCACCACACACGCCACGCUGCUCGGCCGAUACCUUUGUGCAGGGAACGUCGAUUUCUACAACAACCUAGCAGAGUUUAAUUUAGAUAAGGAGGCAGGUGAUAGACAGAUUUAUCACCGCUACUGUUUAGAGCGGGCUGCAGUGCGCUGUGCUCACGUCUUCACCACUGUGUCUAAGAUCACAGCCAUCGAAGCUGAACACUUGCUCAAAAGGAAACCAGACAUUGUGACUCCUAACGGUCUGAAUGUGAAAAAGUUCUCAGCCAUGCACGAGUUUCAGAAUCUACACGCUCAGAGCAAAGCUCGCAUUCAGGAGUUCAUCAGAGGCCACUUUUAUGGACAUUUAGAUUUCAACCUGGAUAAAACCGUGUUUCUCUUCAUUGCUGGACGCUACGAGUUCUCAAAUAAAGGAGCGGACCUUUUCCUCGAAGCGUUGGCCAGACUCAACUAUUUACUGAGGGUGAACCACAGUCAGGUUACGGUGAUAGCGUUCUUCAUCAUGCCUGCUCGCACCAACAACUUCAACGUGGAGACUCUGAAGGGUCAAGCCGUACGGAAACAGCUCUGGGAUACGGCCCAGACUGUGAAAGAACGCUUCGGGAAGAAACUCUACGAAUCGCUGCUAGUAGGGCAGCUCCCGGAGGUGUCGAAGAUGUUAGACAAGGAGGAUUUCACCAUGAUGAAGAGGGCCAUCUUUGCUACACAGCGCCAGUGUCUCCCUCCCGUCUGCACGCACAACAUGCUGGAGGACAGCACGGACCCCAUCCUCAGCUCCAUCCGCCGCAUCGGCCUCUUCAACAGCUCUCAGGAUCGCGUCAAGGUCAUCUUCCAUCCGGAGUUUCUGUCCUCCACGUCCCCGCUGCUGCCCAUGGACUAUGAAGAGUUUGUUCGAGGCUGCCAUCUUGGAGUCUUUCCUUCCUACUACGAACCCUGGGGAUACACACCAGCGGAGUGCACUGUGAUGGGGAUUCCCUCCAUCUCCACUAAUCUCUCAGGGUUUGGCUGUUUUAUGGAAGAGCACAUAGCUGACCCGUCUUCUUACGGGAUUUAUAUUCUGGACCGGCGGUUUCGCAGCGUGGAUGAAUCAUGUAACCAGCUGACCUCCUACCUGUUCCAGUUCUGCCAGCAGAGCCGCAGACAGCGCAUCAUCCAGAGGAACCGCACAGAACGCCUCAGUGACCUGCUGGACUGGAGAUAUCUGGGUCGGUAUUACGUAUCUGCUCGUCAUAUGGCUCUGGCUAAAGCCUUCCCUGAGAGUUACGCGUACGAGCCCCAAGAUCUAACCUCGGCUACGGGCUUCCGUUACCCCCGUCCUGCCUCGGUGCCACCCUCGCCCGCUCACUCGCUCCAUUCGUCGCCGCACCACAGCGAGGCUGAGGACGAAGACGAGACCUACGACGAAGAUCUGGAGGCUGAGAAAGACCGCCAGAACAUCCGGCAACCUUUCAGUCUGCCAAAUAAGAAUAAAAGCCUGGAAGGCGACCUACCUGAGAAAAACUAACACUAUAUACACAUGCGCAGGCACACACACACACACACACACGCGCGCGCGCACGCCUGUACUGCUGACCUGUUCACAGAAUGUUGGUUAUUUCUGGGGUUUGAAAAGACAACUGAGAUUUAUUUCAGGAAACUAUACUGUUCACAUGAGGAGCGACUGUAUUUUAUUUCAACAGUAGGUGAAAUGAUGUCUUCCGCACUUGCUAGUAGACUCCGAAUGCUCAAGAUACGUGUUUAGAUCUUUUUAUUCAAGACUAUGAGAGGCUGCUUCAGUAUGAAGUUAAAUAGAAUAGAAAUAGUAGUCAGGUGCUGGAACAUGUCUCUUCUCUUCUCCAGUACUAUACCUCUAACGAGCCAGUUAAGCUGAAAAGACUCUAUUUUUACCAAAAAAAACGAUGGUUUUGUAAUACAAACCAGCAUAAAAACCAGAGCUAGAGCAAUCUGCAAUAUCACGGGGUCUGUCGGAUCUUUUUUUUUUUUUUUUUUACUCCAUUAUUGUUCUCGAAGCACAGCAGAGGUAGAAAACUGUUCUCUGUUUUUGAUAAUAGUUUCAUAAUAUCCGAUAAUACAAACUCGGACGAUAUAAGCGUUGCCUUGCUGUGGGAAUAAAUCUGUAUUUCGCA